AUGGACCAACAAUCUUCCUUUACCGUGACCGCCGUAAAGCGGUCUUCUGAAGAGAAAUUCAACUUUGGAGCUCGAGUGACAAGAGUGGAUUUGAACAAUAUUUCAGUCACAACAGACGAAGAUGUCGACCGUCUGAAGGCUGCAGUCUGGCGCCAUAAAGUUGUUGUCGUUAAAAACCAAUCAGAGCUUCUCCCAAAGAAACAAUGGGAAUUGGUGACCCGAUUGGAUCCAAAGGCAACCGACGGCCACAGUCAUGGCAGCAUCAAAACAUUUCGCGCUAAAGGUGGAAUGCUUGCACAAGGAAGGGAGGUCGUAGGGAUUCCAGGCGCAGAAAACGUCAGGUUGAUUGGAAAAGGCUUCCAAGGAGAAGACCAUUUCGGCCUCAAAAAUCACACUAUCGACAGAGGCCUCAGUAACGACUUUCACGCAGUCCCUCCAUCUGCCGAAGAGUUCAAACAGGGCCUCACCCGCUUCCAACGUUGGCAUAUUGAUGCUCCGCUAUAUGGGAAGGACCCUGCGUGGUUCACGACGCUACGAUGCAUCAAACUUCCCCAAGGGCCCAGUGUCACCGUCCAGUGGGCCGAUGGGUCCGGCCAAAGCAUCAAAUCUUCACCAGGACAAACAGCCUACUUUAGCACGUCACAGCUUUAUUCUAUGUUGACGCCAGAGGAGCAGGCCUUGGCGGAUCAUAGCUGGGUUGAGUAUGCCCCUUAUCCGUAUAAAUGGAUCGAGCGCUGCAAGGGCAAUUCCAACGGCUUGGGUCUUGCUGAAGGGGGUGACCGUUUGACGAUGGAGGAGCUGGGAGAGUAUGAUCCGGCAGCAGUCAAGAAGUACCCGAUGGUCUGGGUGAAUCCCCUCACAGGUGAAAAGGCCUUCCAGGUCCAUGGAAUCUGUGCCCGGAAGCUCCAUCUUCGCAGCUGUCAGGAGGAGAAACCUCGAAUUAUAGAAGACGUAGCCGAGAUUCGCAAAUUCAUUUUGGGUAUUCAGCAACGAAUUCUCAAGCCGGAAUACAUCUUGCUGGCGCCAGUCGAGGAAGGUGAUAUAGUCAUUUGGGACAACUAUGGAGUUUUCCAUUCUGCCAUUGACUAUCCGAUUGACAUGGGCCCUCGGACUAUGCACCAAGCAAAUAUUAGUGGGAGUAUCGGGCCCAGGGGACCUGUACCAAUUCCUCAAACCGCAUGA